CUCGAAAACGAUUUAAAAGAAAGUUAUCAUGAAAUUAAUAGUAUUCACGUUAAUUGUUAGUGUUACAUUAACAGUAAUAACUGGAAAAAGCUUAAAACCGUUAACAUAUCCAGAAGGUAGAAUUGUCGGAGGCAAAAAUGUUACUAUAGAAGAAGUUCCGUACCAAGUUGCAUUAAAAGUGGGUGGCAGUCCCUGGUGUGGCGGUACAAUAAUUAGCGAUAUUUUUAUAUUAACAGCUGCGCAUUGUUCCAAAGGAGUUAGUGAAAGAAGUCUUUCAGUUCAUGCUGGAUCCACUUUCCCGCAUACUUAUGAAAAUGGUAAUGUGCACCGAGUUAAAAGAAUUUACGUUCAUGAAAAAUAUUCUUCGUCGACCCUGGACUUUGAUGUUGCUAUUCUUGAACUGGAAACUCCGUUACAAUUUUCCAAUACAAUUAAAUCACUCUCUUUACCUGGCAAAGAUGAAUUUCUUGAAGAAAACGAAACAGUUCUCAUUUCUGGAUGGGGAACUUUAGAGGAAGGUGGUCAGUUAGCGACGGUUUUACAAGCAGUUGAGAUUCCAGUUGUAAAUCAAAAUGUUUGCCAGCAAUUAUAUUCUAAUUUCUUGGAUGUUACGCCAAGGAUGCUCUGUGCCGGUUAUAUCGAAGGAGGCAAGGAUCAUUGUAAUGGUGAUUCCGGUGGUCCAGUCGUAUCAAAUGGAAAAGUACAUGGAAUUGUAUCGUGGGCAAAUGGAUGUGCACGACCAAAUUUCCCCGGUGUUAAUACUCGGGUGACAGCUGUUCGCGAAUGGAUUCGAUCAAAAAUUGGAUUUUAAUUGAGUCAAUAUUUAAUAAACCAAUAUUUUUCAA